GAAACCCAGUGACGCACUGCACUCUUCAACACAUUGUGUUAGAUCGAACACAAAUAGAAAAGAGAAUAAUUUUUAGUGAUGUGUUAAUUUAGUUUUUUAAUUGAUUUCAAAUUUUUGACCCUACCAUAACGCAAUGGGUCAUGUACUUUUUUGGUUCAGGACUGCCUUGGUGACAAUUUUCCUUUCUCAAAUGUUGUUAUGUUAUCAUGAAGAUAAUGGAAUUAAUUUUCUUACCAAAGAAGUAAUUAACAGUGACGUAGACAGUGAAGAAGAUCGAAGGGUUCAAGUACAUUUUCAAAUUCCGACCAUAAAUAAGCCUAUCAAGGGUCCUCAUCAAGAAGAACAUUUCAAUGCUAUCUGCAUGUCUGGCGAUAGUACUAUUGCAGGGGAUUCAAUCCAACAUCAAGAUGUCUCACUUGUAAGUCGCAUCCUUGAUCCACCAAGCCAGCCACUUGAUGAGUACACUCAUACUAUAGACUGGAGGACCGAAAUACUCACCUGCUUUGUACCACAGACUUUAUACGGUUUCCACCAAGUCAAAAGAGUGUACACACUGAAAAAGCUAGUACAUUACGUUGUGCAUAAUGGCACUGGGGGCGAAAUUGAAAUAAAACAAAUCUUACCAAAAAUAAGGAAGGGAGAAAACAAUUUCAUGGAGUUGAAGUGACAGUGACCACCUACAGUCCAUACUUGAACUUCACAGAGACUUAUCUCCAAUUCAAAGGCCAAUACAGAACUAUCGUAUUCAAAGAUCGUGGGUUAUUCAAUAAUGAGAAACUGUCAGUUGUUCGCAAUUAGUAAAAAUGUUGAAGAAUGUCAGGGUCUAUAUCAGUUCAUAAGAGGAGAUUGGAUAUUUUUGUUGUAAGAAUAUUUUUGUUAUAAUAUGAAUUUUCCAAGUAAAAUGAAUUGGUUUUUC